UAGUACAACUGUUGUUCUCAUAAAAAGAGGAAAUUUGGAAACACAUAUAUACACAUAGAGAACACCAUGUGAUGAGGAUGGCAGAGAUAUGAAUAAAGCACCUACAAGCCACAGAAUGCCACCAGUUGCCAGCAAGCCACCAGAAGCAGGGCAAAGGUAAAGAAACAUUCUCUCAUACAACGCACAGAAGGACCCAACCCUGUCAAAACCUUGAUCUUCAAUUUCAACUCUCCAGAAAUGGGCAAAGACAGGAUGCGUGUUCCCUUCGCAAGAGAACACACUGAGCACUGGACCUGGCCCGCAGGAAGCCCUUGGAAGGGGUGAGCUGUUUGUAUUCCACCUUGGGGUCUCCAGCAGCCUUUCUGAUACCCAGGAGCAGGAUCUUGACCAUGGAGAGGACACUCAUAAUCCUACAGGUGAACCUGUGCCACCCCACUCUGGGCCCAGCUGCUUUCACCAAUGUCCCCCAGCAGUGGCAGCAUAAUACCAGCCCACUUCUUGUUGGGCGGGGGCAGGAUGCCGACCUCCAGCUGUAGCUGCCCCAAUUCUCCCACCAACACCUGUCUCUGAAGCCCUACCUGGAGAACGGCAGCACUCUAUUGACUUUUUGUCUCAAGGUCCUGAGCCAAAAGAGCUGUGUGUGGGUCAAGGGGCUGCCGCUGAGGCAUCUGAAACAAGUCCCCCUGAGCACCGUCAGCAGAGUCUCCUUCUGUGAUGUCCAGAUGGUGGCACAUGGAGGGACCUCCCCAGAGGCCUUUGUCUGCUGCUUCCAUCUCAGUCCCUCACCCCUGAUUUACCAACCCAAGGCUGAGGAGAGUGAUAAAUGGGAAGGCAUCCCAUAGGAGCAACCUCCCCCAGGUUCAGGAAUGCAGACUCCUAGUCACCUGCAGUAUCUCCACAGUCCUUCUCAGACUAAGAACAACCCUCUCCAGCAAAGGCCUGGAGAAGGAACAGACCUAGAGGGAGGCCCCAGACACCACACUCUGCUAGCUCUGCCUCUGAGAGCAAGCCAUACUAAAUCAGGGCUUGAAAUAUUUGAGCUACAUCAUGAGAGGCUGACAUGCAAGCUUGACAUUCAAGGCCUCCUGGCUGCCUGGCUCAUAAUGAACCAAUUCUGCAUCAUGGAGCAGCUCCUGGGGGUGGGGAAGCCCCCUCUGUGGCUAGAGGUAAUGAGAAUGUCAUAUUCUUUUAGAGGCCCUGAGGGGUUCUCGGGGGCCCCUCCCAGCAUUACCCCACAUUUUCCCCCUUCUCUGACUAGGAGUUACUUUAUGUUGUUCAUUUUGAGGGCUGCUUAAGAGCCAGAGUUUGAGAUUGCAGGAGGAAUGCAUGGACACAUGUAGCAAUUACAUUUGUGGUAGCUCCAGGUUACCUUCAGCUUUCAAAUACCCACAGGCACUUGGGGCUUAGGGAAGCCUGUGUCUAAUAAACUGCAAGUAUUUCAUUAAGCUGGCAUACCCAGUAGGGUUCCUUGAUCCCAAGACGGGCUACAUGCGUGCCACGUUGUCAUGCAGAGGCAGCAGUGGGAAACCUGGAAGGGGUGUAAGAGGAAAUUGGAAAGGUAGGUUUCACAUUCCUGGAAAGGACACUGGCGAGCUCAGGACUUCCAGGAUAGGAGCUGGGAGCUGGGCCUGCCUGGAAAUUCAUUGUCACUGUCAUUCUCCUCAUCCUCUCACUCUCCCAUUCUCUGGCACUACUGGAGCAAAGCUUUGGCUGCCCCGAGGGCAAGAUCUUCAGAGAAAGAUGUGUCCCAGAGCAAUGGGCUCUUUCAGGACUUAGCCUUUGAGGCAUGGGGUAGAAGGAUGGGUUAGAAUUCAGUCCAGCAAUUACUUCACUCAGGGUGGGUCAUAUACCAAUGGUAGGGGUGGUCUGCAAAAGGGGAUUUGUAAAGAGCCAAGCAGGUUAACGGUGGGAGGAUUUUCUCAGCUAAUGGGGGACCACAAUGCCAGUAACCACUUACCAUGCCAUCCUGCCACGGGAGAACAUGGCUUAGAAAUAGUCCUCACCAGUGUGAUGGAGGAAGGAACCUACAAAUUCAGAUGGUCACCAUGGUCCCAGACCCCUACCCAUCUCAAGCACUGAGGGCAUGAUGCUGCCACUUGAUGACCCACAUCCUUGGGGUCUGUAACCACCUCCAGUGCUUGCCAUUCCCCACUGAAGAAGAAAGACCUCAAGGGAGACUACAGGAGAUUCAACUCCACUCCUAGAUGCUGAGCUUUUUCCCCAUGGGGAAGAUGGCACCAGAUAAGACUCAGCCAUGUCCUUACUUGGAAAGCUUCCCCAUGAAUAGGAAAUAAAACAAGUAUACACAGAUAACAGCCACAAGGCAGAAGAGAGCAAGGGCUUCCAGGGAGGGGAUGGUCAAUGCUGGGACUCCCAAAGCAGUCCCUUAUUCAUUCAGCAAACUAUCACCAAGCACAAGCCCCAGGCUGAUAAAGUCUCUGCCUUUUGGUAGCCUCAAGAAAGACAAAUAUUCAGGAGCUAAUGACAUAAUUACAGAUCUUGGGAAAGAUGGCUGCAUUUGUGCUUGUGUGGGAAAGAUGGCCAUGAUUGUGUUUGUCAUCUGAUGUGGAGUUUGCAAACAGAAGCAAAAUUUUGCUGAACACUUGUUUUUGAACCAAAUUGGUUGUAAAUAGAAGCAUUCGUGAACUGAGGUAUUACUGUACAGUAUUCGAUUACCAUUGUGAAUGAUGCUAUAGCUAUUAGAUUUUUCUCUCCUCUAGCUGAACUUAACAGUUAGCUCUACUGUUAAGUGGCCUUGUUAUUGAUGCUUACCAUGUGCUCAGGGCUCUGCUAGGUGCUGUACACACAGCUUCAUUUAAACCUCACUCCAGAGAGACAAUGGCGUUAACCAUAUUUUACAGGUGAGGAAACUGAGGCCCAGAAAGGUUAAUUGUCUUGCUCCAAACCAUACCAUUCAUGAACUCUGUGAUCUUGGGCAAGUAACUUAGCUUGUUCUUGCCUUUAUUUCUCCCUUUGGAAAGUGGGUAAGGCAACAGUGCCUAUAAGAGCUGUUAUGAGGGAAUUAAGGGCAGCAAAUGCAAAGUGCUUAGUGCAGUGCAUGGCACACAGUAGGCACUCAGUAGAGUCAGCCACUGUCAUGAAACCAGAGAGAGGGAACCUAAUACAGACCCAAGAACCUACAGACCCAAGGGCUCACCACCAACCUGAGGCUAAGGAAGACUUAGACCCUGGUAAACUGGUCAUAAAGCCCAAGGGCUUCUCUGACUAAGGGACUAAGGGUUUUCCUGUAGCUAUGGACCUAGUGGACAGUUGGGAGGAGAU